AAAUUGAAUUCAAUUCUAAUUACAAAACCGUCGCUAUUUGGAUUUUCAAUAAAGAUAACAAAUAUAUGGUGCUAAAACUCAAAAUAAACUUCUUUAGUAUAUAAAUUAACAUAAACUUAAUCAUAUUUCUAAAAAAAUGGAUUCAUUGGCCUUUGCAAUUAUUGCCAUCACUGAAGAAGCUACAUUAAAAAAGAAAAAACUAAAAGUUCAAAGAAAAAUUCUCAGAGAUGCUUGUAAUCCAUUUGAGUUAAACGACCAAAUAUUUCAAAGAAAUUUUCGUCUAAAUAAAGCAGCAUUCAAGUAUGUUUUGGAUCUGUUGAAACAGGAGUAUGACCCUGGGGUUUUCUCUUCUUCAAUAUCCCUGAUUUGUCGGCUCGCAGCUGUCCUAAGAUUCUUGGGAGAAGGUGGAUAUCAACUUGGUGUUGGAAAUGAUUACGAAGUUGGUAUGGCACAGUCCACUUUUUCCUCAAAUUUGACAAACGUUUUGAAGGCUCUCGAAAGACGUCUAUGUCAUUUGUGGAUUCAGCUUGAGAUGACCGAGACAGAAAAGCGACAAGCAAAUAGGGGAUUCUAUUCUAGGACAAGUUUUCUUUUGGCAGUUUUGUGUAGCCUUGCGCCAGAUCUGCUCUUUCGCUUAUUAGCUCAUAGAGCCUUUCAUAUUGCGCCUUGUUUGUCGUUUUUGCCCUUUAAAAUCAAAUAAUUAUUUAUAAACAAUAGAAUUUGUAAAAUUACUUACAUUUUUUCUUAAAAUAAACGUUUUCUUUCAGCGUCCGACACAAAUUAUUUAACGGGGAAAAAGUUGUUUUCAUUCCAUUCCAUUCGAAUUCAGUGAUACCAAUUUAUACGAACUUCGAAAAUCGUAAAUGAUUUUUUCACUCCGAAUCUGCUACGAUGGAAUUUGUGAUACUUCAAUCGGGAAACGUAGCAUAUUUUUGAUAACGAUGGAAUUUGUGAUAGGGCUGAAUAUUUAAAUUAAUUUUUAUUAAAAAAACCUUUUAAAGAUGAACUCAAUCGUUAGACGUUUGUCAACUUUGUUGCAAGCGCUUAAUAGUGAUUAACUAAACAUUUCAAGUAAAAGAAAGUGUAGUAAAAUGGAGGGUGAAGAUUUCAUCGUCCAAAAUAAUAAUAGCAAAAGCCAUGCAAAAUAUCAAUCUACAUGUGGAUAGUGUUGAAAUUGAUGAUAGUGAAUAUGUUAACCCAUCGAAAUUGCUCAUCCUAUUAUUGUUCUUAAACAAAACACAAAUUGAAGACUAUCUGCUUAAAAGCAUU